AAAAAACUUCAAGGGAUUUAGACUCCUAAAAUUGAGAAUACCUCAACUGUGUUCUCCUUUUUCCUCUGCUCUCACUUCUCUUUCCUUUCUUUUAAACCAAACGAGGAAGCAUAUCGACAGCGACGAUGGCCACAGCAACAGCAGCAACUUUAGUAGAUGCUGGGAUGGCCUGGCUCCAAAUUCUAUUUGACAGAGACAACCGCAAGCAAACGGGCAUCACCAUUGGAGCAGCCAGUGCCGUGGUCUACCUAGCACUCGUUCGUUAUUUACGCUACCGCAACAUCAACGCCAUCAAGGAAAAGUAUCCAGAUCCUACUCUAGCACUCCGUGAUUCUGCUGUAGCCGAAGAAGUUUAUAAUACUACCCUCCGCAAAGAGUUUCCAUUUCUUGCCCGUACGUCACUCGAAUUUGCUCUUUUUAAAACCUAUUCUGUUCCUACAAUCAGCAAAAUCCUUUAUGCUACUGGAGAGUUCAGUAGAAGUAUUGAUUCCACUCGUAAACGUGCGGAUGACACAGAGUUAAUCCUGUUUGAGAUUGCAGAGGCCUACCCCCAUAUUGAAGAAUUGAAGAAAGGCAACCGUGUUCCUACACAAGAGGAAAUCAACGACCAGCGACGACGCCCCGAGAUUGCCACCAAACGUUUAAACGAACUACACGGCAAAUAUCCUAUUCUCAACGGCGACUACUUGUACACUUUGUCGUUGUUUAUUGUCGAGCCAAUCAAAUGGAUCAACAACUUUGAGUGGAGAAACCUUGAACCCAUUGAAAUGAAUGCCAUCUUCCGCGUCUGGUAUGAUAUUGGCAAAGGCAUGAAUAUCCAAGACAUCCCUACAACACUUGAGGGCAUGUAUGAAUUCCAUGAGCAAUAUGCAAGGGAAAAUGUGCGUUAUGCACCGUCCAAUUGGAAGGUUGGGCAUCCAACAGUUGAACAUCUGUUGACGCGAUAUCCGAAAUUCGCUAGCCCGUUGGCAUACAAGCUUGUUCCAGCAAUAUUGGAUCCCAUCGAUGUCGUAGGAUUUGGUUUAGAGCAACCUAAAGCAUGGGCAAAGCGUGUUAUCGAUAUCACCUUUUUCCUCCGCUCGAUGUUUUUGCGCCACCUUGCAUUGCCUCGCUCGCAACCGAUGACCCGUACUCCUCUCAAACCUGAUGCUGAAACCAAUUUGUACAAGCCGCGUUACGAUCUGUAUGAACCUACUUAUCCAAAUGGGUACUGCAUCUAUGAGUUGGGACCCGAUAAAUCAAGACCCAAGAAAUGCCCUGUGCCUCAUUGAAAAUAAUCGAGAGAAAAAUAUAUUGACGGGCAACCGCAAUCAGAUAACCUACUUCUCUUCUUUUUAUCGAGUAAAUAUUGUUCUGAUACCAUCAACUGUUACAUUCCUUUCAUGUCAAUAACUUUAACAAAACUAUUAUUUGUACUUGAUCAUAAAAUACCGCCAAAAAUACU